UUUUGGUUUAGAAGAAAGGAAGCAUUAACCUAGGUGGGAUCAGACUUAUCUGACAUGGCCAUGGUGUAUGGUGGUAGAACAACUUCACUCCCAUCUCAAGUCCUCACCUUUCACUCCUCUGCUAAAUGGAAUGACCACUUUGAUGCCUUGAAACAAACUAACAAACUGAUGGUGGUUGAUUUCACUGCUUCGUGGUGUAGACCUUGCAAACUCAUGGACCCAGUUAUCCAAGAGUUUGCUGCCACAUUUAGAGAUGUUGAGUUUGUCAAGAUUGAUGUGGAUGAGUUAAUGGGGGUAGCAGAACUUUUCCAAGUACAGGGAAUGCCAACUUUCAUGCUAAUUAAGAAAGGAAAAGUGGCUGAUAAAGUGGUGGGAGUAAAAAAGGAGGAGCUACAAAGGUUGAUUGAGCAACACAGAAAAUGAAUGUGUGAUCAAGCACUAAACUAAAAUCAGCAAGUUCACUUCAACAUAUAUUUUUACCAGAUCUUCUUGCUAGGCUCAAUCUUUCAUACUCACGACCAGAGAAUAUUGAGUGUUUUGAAUGCUUUCUUUGGGGAUGUUUCUCAUCAUGUUUCGUUCCCUCGUGUAUUCUAGUUUAGUCCAAUUUUCUGUUUUUUUUUUU